CCUGGGUCGUCGGUGGAGCAGAGUCGGCACAGUCCGCUCUCGGCCUCGGUCGCGCUCGAUUCGAACCAGCCACCAGCCAGAGUCCAAGUCCACGGCAGAGCACCCCACAGCUUCGCGCCCACACACGAAAAACACACAGCGGCCGAGGCACCGAGCCAGUCCGGUGAAGGAAAAGCCAAACGGAAGCGGAAAAACUAAAAGUUUAAAGCCCCGAUUAGGGAUGAACUGUUAAAUAUUUUGCGGAAAUACGCGUAACUAAUUGCAGUGAAUCGCUUGACAAAAGUGUCGGGCUGGUGAAAGUGAAAAGAAAAUAAAUUGAAAACUCCUAAGCACUUUUUUUCGCACAUGUUUUCCAAUGCAACGGUUUUCUUCUGUAUCUGUUUUCCGAGAGACCCCAGCCAGGGACUGUAAUUAACAGAGCCUGGGCCCCCACGUAGAGCCGUCUAGGAUCCCAGCCGUGCAACAAACGCAGAAUUCCAAGACUCCAAGAAGCACCUGCUCAAGGACCUACGAAAAUGAUUGUACGCCGCCGAUCUCGUCGAGCCCGCAUGUGGAACAUGGGGCUGCUCUUCCUCAUCUACUACUGCGUCAGCAUCUAUUCCGCCAAGGGCGACACAAAGGAGUCCCUGCCCCUGGACGUCGGCAGCCUGGCCGAGGACGCCGGUGAUGCGGAGUCGAAUGGACUGGACAACACCGAAGCCAACGCUGUCCCGGAUACAACCCCGUGGCCCGAGACCCUGUCAACCACACAGGCCACUCCUGUCCACGGAGCGGUACCCACUUGGCGGCCCAAGCGCGACAACUGCACCCCGCCGGCCAUCGAACAGUUCCCCCAGCCACUGAUGAACAAGUGGGCGCGACAGCAUGGCGGCCUCAUCUUGCACAUCCUGGUGGCAGUCUUCACCUUCUUCGGGCUGGCCAUCGUCUGCGACGAGUACUUUGUGGCCAGUCUGGAUCGACUGUGCGAGGAACUCAAACUAUCGCCCGAUGUGGCUGGAGCCACCUUCAUGGCUGCCGGAAGUUCGGCUCCUGAGUUAGCCACCGUGGUGAUCGGCGUGUUCUUCGCCAAGGACGACAUAGGAAUCAGCGGGGUGAUUGGAUCCGCCGUCUUCAACAUCAUGUUCGUGAUCUCCGUCUGCGCCCUGUGCUCGGGCACUGUCUGUCAGCUGAACUGGUGGCCACUGGUGCGGGACUGUUUCUUUUACUGUGUCUCUAUUCUAGUGAUGCUGAUAAUAAUCUUCAACGACGUCAUCUCCUGCUUCGAGUCGGUGGUGAUGCUCCUGUGCUACGUUGGAUACUGUGUGGCCCUCCACUUCAACACGGAACUGGAACGCUGGGCCUUGGGCCUGAACCUGCCCUUCAAGCUGCCCAGCAAGGAGGAGCAGUCGGCGCUGGUGACCUACAAGAAUGUCCCCGAGAGCACCUACACCCAAGGAGGCGGCGCCCAGGGACGGGAGCAGACCCAGCAGACCAGCCUGUCCAAGGAACAGAACGAAGGAAUGCCGACGGAACCUCAAAGCGACUAUCAGAACUACAGCGAUCCCAACGCCAGCUGGGACCCGAACUCCGCCUGGGGCGAGGAGAACCAACCGAAACCAGUCGUCAGUGCUAGAUUCAAUCCGCCGCCGGUCGACGAUUGGGGCAUGGGCCAGUUCAACCAGGGCCAAGGGCAGGAGAACAUGGCCUACAAUGCCGACCAGCCAGAGUCUGUGGUAACAGGAGAGGCGGCGGCAGCGGCAGCAGCUUCUAAGCCGGCCGCAACCACGGCGGCAGCCACAACCGGAACUGUUGAUUACUACAAGUCCACGGACAAGCAGCGAGAGCCACGGCCCGAUCCCCUGAUCCGACCCACGGAGGGUGGUCUGCCAGCACUGGUCGCCUGGUAUGUGGUCUAUCCGAUCCACUACCUCUGCAAGAAGACGAUGCCCGACUGUCGACAGGAGCAGUACCGCAACUGGUAUCCCUUCACGUUCCUCAUCUCGAUGGUGUGGAUCUCGUUCUAUUCGUACUUUAUGGUCUGGAUGAUCACCGUGAUCGGGUCCACUCUGGCCAUUCCGGACACCGUGAUGGGUCUGACGUUUGUGGCCGCUGGCGUGUCCGUCCCGGAUGCCCUAAGCUCAAUAGCCGUUAUCAAAGAGGGCUUCGGCGACAUGGCCGUAUCGAAUGCAAUUGGCUCGAAUGUCUUUGAUAUACUAGUGUGCUUAGGUCUCCCCUGGUUCAUACAAACGGCCAUCAUAAAGCCCGGCUCGCACGUCAACGUAAUAUCCAAGGGUCUGGCCUACUCCACGCUGUCGCUCUUCUCCACCGUUGUCUUCUUGAUCCUGUCCACGCACCUGAACGGCUGGAAGCUGGACAAGCGACUGGGCAUCAUCCUGAUGGUCUGGUAUCUGUUCUUCAUCACGCUGGCGUCUCUCUACGAAAUGAAUGUCUUCGGCUACAUGAACCCACCCGAGUGUCCCAGCACUUAUUAAGUCCCGAAGGACGAUGGCAGCAUGCACUUAUAAUCGCAUUACCAGCACCAAGUACCAUAUACAUAGAUGCAUACCACACAUAUAUAUAGUGUCGUUCAUAGCCGCAGUUAAAGUAAGACCAUCAAAUAUUGCAACAAACCAAAAUUCAAAGGGAAUUAAAUGAAGUUGAAUGGAACAUUUACCUAAAGUUAAUUAGAGGACAGGAAUAAUACUCAAAAAAAAAAAGGCAUUUUACAUGGAUUUUUACAUUGCACCAAAAAGGAUCGAGGUACGAUGAGGAG